AUGAAGAGGGACACAUAUAAGGAGCUUUUAACGACGUACAUAAGAGACACGGAAUGCAAAAAAGCACACCCAAAGGCCUUGGAAAGGUUACAAGCAAGAAUAAAACGUUUCUCUACGACAACUUUAGCUAAGCAACUAGGUAUGACGAGAAUAAUAACUUCAUCCCCAGCCAUGCCGAGGCUAUUCGGAUUUGCUAAAACGCAUAAAUCUGAAAGAAGCUUGAGGCCAGUAGUAGAUAAAUGCUGUGCUCCUACGAUAUUAUUAGAAAGGAAACUUAAGGAAUUUAUUAAUACGAACAUGCCUCCCCACAUUUAUAACGUAAAGCAACCAUUAGAAGUGCUCCAGAAGUUGAAACAACUGAAAGUUAACGAAAUAAGAUACAUGACGGUGCUCGAUUUUAAGGCUAUGUACCCUUCAAUUAAGCUUGAACCAUGCUUUUGUCACUUAAGAGAUUUUUUACUGGGCAAUAUCGACAACGCAGCGAAGUUAAGAAAACAAAUCCUAGAACUGGCGCAUUUAGCUACAUUCUCGUCAAUUUUCGUUUUUGACGGUACUGCAUACUCGCAACUUAGAGGAGUACCAAUGGGUAGCCCGGUUUCAGGCUUACUGUGCGAGAUGGUAAUAAGAUCUCUGGAAAAUAGCGUACUGCAGAAGUAUGAAGAUAAAAUGAUAAUGUAUGCAAGGUACGUCGACGACGUAUUGAUUAUUUGGAAUGAUAAACCAGACAUACGACAAUUUAUUAGAGAUAUAAACAACAAUAAGUAUGGCUUGGAAUUAGAACUAGAGCAGCAAGAUCAAAAAAGAGUACACUUCUUGGAUAUAGAGGUUGAAAUAGAUGAUAAAGAGCAAAUUGUUACAAAAGUGUAUAGAAAACCGACGUACGUUCCGGAUUUGAUACCAUGGUCCUCGCAUGACCCAACAAACUACAAACUAGCAGCGUUUAGAGCACUUAUUAAACGAGCAUACACUCAUUGUAGCAGGAUGUAUGACACACGUAAAGAACUUGAUUACAUUGCAAAAUUAGCAAGAGAUGUAGGACUUAAGCAAAGUAAAGUAAAAGCCUUAAUACAAGAAGCGGAAAAAGGAUGCAAUAAGACUAAAGAUAAGAAAGAAAAAAAGGAGUUCACCGUAAUGGAAUACAGAGCACCGUUAAGUGGCAUAUACAGAAAAAUAGGAGUAGAGAGCAAAAAGAAAAUAGCAUAUAAGAGAAACACGACAAUAUUCCAAAUGCUAAGAAAUGACAAAACACCAAUAGACAGGAGGCUAGUUCCAGGUGUGUACAGAAUACCGUUGCAUGAUAAAAGGCUAAAGAAAGAGUUAUAUUAUAUAGGAGCCACAAAGAGAUCAUUAAGAGAAAGAUUGAAGGAGCACGAAAAAAAUAUAAGAUCUAAACAACCGAUCACGGCUUUGGCCAAUUAUGCUAUCGCGGAUCCUGCAGAGAUUACAAUCGAAUGGAGCAAGGCGGAUAUUGUACAAAAGAUCGAUAAUAUACGACAUCUAAAGUAUGCAGAGGCAUGGCACAUUUAUAAAUACAGAGAAAAGGGGCUUAAUAUAAAUUUUCGAGAGUCAAGUAGAAUAGCAACGGCAUGGAGAGCGGCGGCAUUAUAA